AUGUCGUCCUCACCGCCCCCGUCGGUGGUGACCUCCGUCGAGGCGUACGCCAAGGCGCUGCUGCACGCGCAGAAGUACGCCACGCAGGCCGUCGCAGGCUUCCUCAUCGGCAAGCGUAUCACGGAGAGCGGCGCCGCCGACAGCGUCUUCAUCGCCGAUGCGGUACCGCUCUUCCACACCAUCAUGAUGACACACCCGCACCCCAUGCUCGACGUCGCCUACGCACAGGUGUCCAGCUACGCGCGGACAAAGGGAAUGGUGAUGCUCGGUUACUACGUCGCCAACGAGCACGCCAACAACAGCAGCGUAUCGCCGCUCACGACGAACAUCCUCCGCAUGCUGCAGGACAAGGUCUCCACCGGGCACCAUCCGCUGCUGUGGACAAUUGUCGCUGCAAACUCGACGGAGAGGGCCGACGUGUCUGUCGCGUACUACCAAGGCAACGACGUCUACGCGCCUGCCCCAGCGCUGACGUUCGGGCGGUGGAACUCCGAUACGCUUUCAUGUGAGCCGACGGAGAGCAAUGCGGCGGCGCUCGAAGUGUUCCGGAACGCCAUGGAUGCCCUGAAGCAGUUCCAGCUCGUUGACUUUGAGGACCACUUAGAGGCUGUACAGCUCAACUACCUCGAACAGGCUGUCCCGGUGUAA